UCGUUCGGAACUCUAGUUGCGUCGGCGUCGGAAUCGGGAUCGGGAUUGGAGUUGGUCGGAACGAGGAAGUGAGGUCGGAUUGAAUCCAUCACCGAUGGCUUGGAAACAGGCAUGCACCGUGUUAAGCUUCGUCGUGCUCUUCGUCUCGACGUCGCACUCCGAAGCUCGGUCGCUGCAACAAUCAGAGUCGCAAGUGCUCUUCGGGACGACAGCCCAAGGCAACAGGGAGAAAGGUGUCCACCACGUCGACCUUGAGCUCAACGCGACGAGUUCUGUUCCCCGCCAGAAUGCCGAGGUCCACGCCGGCUCGGACUACCACGACUGCUACAUCGUCUGCUGUUGGCAAGCGGACGCCAACUGCCCCUACCCUUACUGCAACUACAACGACGCUCCGUGCAAUGGGCAGUAGCUUUGGACUCAGCCAGCUUUUCGUGGUUCGUCGCGAAUAUUCUCCAGAUUCCGAGAGCCCUGGUUUUCUCGUGUGUUGUCCACAUUGUCCACAUCUCGAGUCGUGAACUUGCUCGAGAGCGUUCUCGCGAUUCAUGAGUUGUUGUAAACGGUUGACGGCAGGAUGAUGAUGCUAUGCAAUGAGAGAGAUCUCCAGUACUCUUCUUGAGUGAACUUGCAGCUCUAGAUUUCUCAUGAGUGUCAUGAAGUUUCGCCGAGACUCAUCCAUUGGAGCUUUUGGUUUGUUAUCCCCAAUCCUUUAGAAGAUAUAUAUAAGUUUGACUCUCGAACGAAGCUAGUCUCCCAUAGCUUUUACCUUUCCUUAUAUACGAGAAAAAACAAUGCUUUUAACCUCUUUGAAAGAUACAAGUUUCCACACUCCAAUGGCGGCUAUUCAAAUCGAAGUUUCCGGUUUUCAUUACCGUACAUCAAUGAAUUUUGACUACAUGAAUUUACU